AACGUGUACGAUCACCAGGAACGAAGAGAGCUGAGUCAACCGCGGGAAAAAUGGAUUCCGAAGGCCUUAUUCUACGCUUGUUCGAUGUGAAUGCCGUGAAGUUUGGAUCCUUUACUCUUAAAAGUGGGAUUCAAUCUCCUGUUUACUUCGAUCUGAGAGUAAUGGUAUCUUAUCCAGAUAUUAUGGAUGCAGUUGCUGAAACUUUGUUUGAGACGGCAAGAAAGAGUGGAGUGAAGUACAGCGUUCUCUGUGGAGUCCCCUACACAGCUCUGCCCAUUGCUACGUUGAUGGCUGUGAAGCAGAAGGUGCCUAUGGUGAUAAGAAGAAAGGAAGCCAAGUCGUAUGGCACUAAGAAGAUGAUAGAGGGUGUCUUUGAGCAAGGUGAUGUUUGCCUGAUCGUGGAGGAUGUAGUUACUAGUGGGUCAAGCGUCAUGGAAACAUCACAGUCCCUAGCUGAGGUUGGAUUGAAGGUGACAGACGCCAUCGUGCUUCUAGACAGAGCACAGGGAGGUGCAGCUAGGCUCAGAGAUUCAGGCAUUAACCUCUACAGUGCCUUUGACCUUCCUCGUGUUCUUGAAGUGUUGCAGUCUCAUAGUAAGAUCAGUGCGGAGGUCGUACAGAGUGUGAAGCUAUUCAUUCAGCAGAAUAUGAUCACCAGUCUGCCUCAACAACCAGCCGCUAAGAAACCAAGAAGGGAGUACCUUGGUUACAAAGCCAGGACGGAGCUCUGUGAGCAUCCUGUUGCUAAGCAACUAUUUAGCAUCAUGGAGGACAAGCAAACCAAUCUAGCAUUCUCUGUUGACGUGACAACGUCGAGUCAAGUUUUAGAGUUGGCAGACCAAGUUGGUCCAUACAUCUGUGUUCUAAAGACCCAUGUAGACAUCCUUGAAGACUUCAGUGCUACCUUCAUUCAGUCUCUACAGGACCUGGCUCAGAAACAUAACUUCCUCAUAUUCGAAGACAGGAAGUUUGCUGACAUUGGUAACACAGUGCAGCAUCAGUACUCCUCAGGUGUGUAUAGGAUCUCAGAGUGGUCUCACAUCACCAACGCACACUCAGUAGCAGGACCAGGCACCAUCAGCGGUCUCAAGGCUGUGGGAGGGGCUAAGAACAGGGCCUGCCUACUCAUUGGUCAGAUGAGCUCUAGUGGUAACCUAGCAAUGGGAGAUUAUACUCAAGCAACUGUAAAGAUGGCUGAAGAGAACGGUGACUUUGUGAUUGGUUUCAUCUCUACCUCAUCUUUGUCCCCUGACCCCAAGUUCAUCCAUAUGACCCCAGGUGUGAAACUUGUUGAAGGGAAGGACGACCUAGGUCAACGGUAUCUGACCCCUGCAGAGGUCAUCACAAACAGGAAAAGUGACAUCAUCAUUGUCGGCCGAGGAAUAUACCAGGCUUCUAAUCCAGGUGAGGUUGCUAAACAAUACCAGGCAGCCGGGAUGAAAGCAUAUCAUCAACUACUAGAAGGAGAGACGGACAGAUGAGGCAGUCAUCUUUAAUAUUAAAGCGAUCUCAGUGUAUUUGUAAUCUGUAUAGAGGAGUCACAAGGUCUGGGAGGGGCAGGGGGAGGGAGCAAACAGCUUCGUUAAUAACUGCAGUUGACACAAUCACAAAGAAACCAACCUUUCAAUACCCUUGUACUGUUGCCCAUCACUUUUAAAAUCUCUUGAAUUAUUACAAUGAUGUGUUACGCCAUUUGAACAGGGUUUCUAUAGGUAAUAGGGUAUUUACAUUGCCCUUUAGAAGAUUUCUGUUAUUUAUGAGAGCUGAGAGGGCAUACAGACUUGAAAUGUGAUAAUGUCUUUCUGUCUCUUUGCAGAAGAUUAGUGCAUUUUAAUUUUGUGCACAGGUUUUUAUGACAAUUAUGGAUUGGUUUACGCUUUCUUUGCCCCCUCCCUCCCCAAUUCAUUUACAAUAUUUAAAAUAAUCCCCCUGUAAUUUGAAGUUACAUUGUAUUUAAGCAUUUAUUACUGAGCACAAAGUAGUGGUUAAGAGAAAAUGUAUACACAGAUCCCAAUAAUUAUUUGAAUGUUUUAUUUUCCCAAAACCAAAAUCAAGAGAAGGGGAAAGUGAUAAUUACUGCAUGCAUUGAUAUGAAAUGUUAUUUUGAAUGACAACAAAACUUGUUACUGCCUUGGAUAUUUUGACAAAAGUACUAGAAAAUGAGCCUGUGAUCAUUGAUGAAUGCAUGAAAUACAUCUCAUCAAAAUGUCAUUUCUCAUACAGAAUAUAUGAACUGUAUAGUCACUGAACUUUGCAAUGUUAUGAGUGUGCAGACUCUGAAAGAGAGCGCAUAUGGACCAAUUGGUUCACUACCUCUGUAAGUUGACGACUUGUGCGAGAAAUAAUUAUUUUCAAAUUGGCAGAUGAUUAAUUUGUUUGUGAGUUAUAAAUGUUGAAAUUGGCUCUUGUUUUUGCCUACAAAUGUCACAUUCCACUUUUGGCCACACCCACGUCAAGAUCUACCAAUGUGUGUUAGCCAAAGGUUCAGGCAUAUUCAAGCUUUCACCAAUAUAUGGUUACCGUAGUGUUAUACAGUCAAACCUGCUUUAGUAACCACAUUUUGUGUUUCCCUUGAAAAUGGUUUC